AUGCCAGAGACAACAAAACGUGCCGGUCCAUCUGGCUCGACAUCAAAGGAGGGCAAAGGCAAGCGAGUCAGGAAGAGGACGAGAAACAAGAAGCGAACUGCCGAAGUGGAAGACAGCAGCGAUAGCAGCAGUAGCAGUAGCGAUGACAGCGACGAUGAAGAGCAGAAGACCAAAGCAGCUACCACACCAAAGAAGCCUGUUGUGGGAGAACAGAAGAAAGCGGCAAAGGCUGAGUCGUCGGAUGACAGUAGCAGUGAUAGUGAUAGUGACAGCGACAGCGAUGAUGGAGAAGCCGAUGGGAAACGCAAGAGAAAGCGCAAACGUGCUCAGAAGAAGAAGCCUGCCAAAGACAACACCGCAGAAGCAUCGAUCACAACAGCUGCCGCGCCGACCGUCACACCCGCCGCCGCAGCAUCGGCUCCUGCCCCGACAUCAUCAACAGCUAAGCCCAUCGACUUGAAGCCAGAAGACAUCGGCCCAGACCCAAACACCGACCUUCGUCUCAGCGACCAAGCAAAGCAAGCGAUACAAUACGCACAAAUCUACAGCUCGGAGAAAUCGCAAUGGAAGUUCAACAAGGCCAAGCAAAAUUGGCUUUUGCGGAAUGCGCUCUCAGUGCCGCCAUCGGACUACGAUACAGCACUGGCUCGAAAGCAGUCCGAAAAUGCUGCCUCAGCAGGCGAAGAUGGCGCAGCGGAAGAAGCCGAAGAGGCCGAAGAGGGAGAGAACUUUGUGCCAGAAGACUUUGUGCUUGUCGUCACCGCUUAUCUCAAUAGUGUGAUGGGCGGCGCAAGGCAAAGGCUGAUCGAGUCGCUCAGAGAGGCGGUCAACGCACCCACUAUCGAAAUUGCGCCAACACAGGCUGAAGUCAAGGAUGACGCCGGCAACAGCACAGCCACAAACGGAGAGGAAGCGAAGCAGUCAGGCGAAGGUGCAGCUACAAAAUCUUUCUCGUUCGGAAACCUUGCGUUGGAUACAGAAAAGAAGGAGCAAGCGGCGGAGGCAGCCGGACUUCCGGCAGGCACUGACCCUCAAGCGGUAGAGCUGCGAAGAGCACGGGCGACACAGAUGCUGCAACGCAUGGACGAAUCAGUGUGA